AUGAAUGCAACAGAGCAGUCUCCCGCGCCGAAUGCGCUGGCGCAUUUGACCAAAGUUCCAAUAGCUCAGCUUUCUCCCGACCUUGAGCGAUUGGACGAAAGCUCUUUUCUUGCAGCUGUAGCACUUGUGUGGCCAUACUCCUCUUCGACCAAGUCUGUGAGUCUUCUAUUAGUUGAGCCGGAUUUCCGCCUGAGGAGCGCCAAAGGACAAAUCAAGGCCACGUUUCAUGGACGCGUCGCAGAAAAGGUCGCGGAAUCGCAUGUCGGAAUCGGAGAUACCAUUUGUGUGGCCUUGAAAGACUCAAAGUUUGUUGGCAAUGAAGACACCCAGAAAACCCCGGGAAGGUCUGUCGCGUGGGAUGCGCACUUUGAGAAUGGCGCGUCUAUUGAGAUCUACCGAUCUUCCCAGCCCCCAUUGAUAGUAUCGGUUGAGCCGAAAGUGAUAGCACAUCAUGAAACCGAACUCGCACCGCCUACAACUCCUAGUGGGAAGUCGAUUAAUCCCGAUCUCGAUUUGUCUUUUAGUGCACGCUCCUGGGGAUCGCCGGUAUUCCUCAAGUCUGCUCGAACCUCAGUCGGAGGAACAAUCCGUACGGCUUUCGACCCUUUUGCGGACGAAGAUGGAUUUGUGCCAGGGAAAGGAAGAAAAAAACCGAGGUACAGCUUGCACAGGGAAGAUUGGCGUGUUAUCAAUGAACCAGACAGCCCUCGUGAGCAAGAAGCCCCUGUAAAUUGGGAACAGGCUUUGAAUCAAUCUAUCGAUCAAGAGCUCGACGAGGCAGAUUCGGCGAGUGAACCUUCAGCCGACCCAAUAACGGAUGCUACCCAGGCUCCAACAUACACAGAGGAUGCACCACAAGAGCCACUUCCGGUGUUUGCAAAGCCUUCCCUUGAAUUGACGGGGAACAUCCUUGAACGACGUGCCGGCGAGUCAAAUGUUUUGCUUCAUGAGCAAGUCGAUAAUGAUGGAAUUUCUCUUCAUCUACCCACAGAUACACCGCAGAUUCGACCUAUCCCUUCUCCAGGCCUCCCAAUCCCUUCGCCGCUUAUAUCUAAUCAUGCUGGCUCAGCUGGUUAUUUCCCGCCACGGACCGCGCUCACGCAGCCUGAAGAGAUUCAAUCUAUCCCUGCAGAAAUAGGCGCCAUAGCAACACCUGCAGAAUCCUCUGAUGGGAUUCAUGCUAUCGACGCUAUCGAUCUCAUUCAAACAGAGAUUGUGGAACCAGUUAUUGAUUCAGAUAUCGAACCCAUCCAGCAGGAACAUGUCUUGGAUGCCGGUUUCAUCAUCCGCAGUGAUUCGGCAUCCUAUCCAGGCUCAGAAGAUUUAUCAGAAGAACAAGACGCUGAGAUAAUCGAUUCCUCCAACCCUAUUGAUGGAUUAGAUGUCGUUGAACCUGAUGUGAUCAUCAAUACUACCGACAACAGACCUCAAAUGUCAAACGUGGCAGAGCAGGAGGAUGGUUUUGAUGAUGUUAACCCGCACGGCGACCACCCAGUAUCGCUUUCGGGCUCGCAGGCUGAAUCAGAUGGCCCCCCCAAUGUCAAGGAUGAACCUACUGUCGCCCAGGCUGGUACUGGUACCGAAAAUGCUGCCGACAAAGCUCAAACAUCAGAUGAUGAACGUCUCAUUGACGUUAAUUCUCUAUGGCGCGAUACUUCAGCGUUAUCCUCGCGCUCGGAGGAAUCGGAGAAUGAAUCACCCGAAUCCUUCCAAGCGAUCGAAGGAUCAGACAUUGUUCAAGCUGGUAUUGGCAUCGAAACUACCAACGACAAUGUCAGUUCUCCUUCCAAUCUGGAUGGAUCUCACAAUGAGGAGCAUCAUGAGCCAGCAGCUCAGUCGGUCAAUUAUCCACCGCCACCAUCCACCGUUGAUCGGGAUGCGAUCGAUGCCCUCGGAAAAAUGCUAGCCGCUCGAGAGAAGGAACUCGAAAGGAAGAGAGACACGAAAGAAGCAGCUGAAAGCAGAGAUGACUUCGAUGGUUCUUCACUAGCUAAAGAGGCUUUCAAUCGUUCACCCAAUCAAGGAUACAAUGAAGAACAAGAUGAAGAAAUAUACUAUGCGGAGUCAGUGGAAAAUUAUGAUUCACAAGAUGAAUAUGAAGAGGACGAGGAUUUCGAUUGUGAUCCUCGGUUAGAAUCACGAUUGGACCAAGAUGACUUCAGUGUCAUUGAAUCCAGCGGUGAAAAUUCUGAGCAGGAACAGAACCUGCCUUCGCAGAGUAGAGACCAGGAAGUAAUUGUGCUGGACAGUGACAGCGAUGAUGAGCCUGCCUCCGACUAUCGGGCACCAUCAGCUUCGCAGUCAGCAGAACGAGAUGAUCACUCGUACCGCUUUGAAUCUAGACAUUCAUCUAUCCCUCCAACUACAGCCGAUUUCGCAACGGGUGUACAGGAAUAUCCAGAGCCAUGGUAUGUCGAUGGAGAGGAUGGAUAUCACGGAGCUGCAGAAGAGGAUUCCGAUAUCGAUGAGCGCCAGGAGAACGAAGAAAGUGAAGAGUGCCAAUACGAUCAACAAGAUGAUCGAGUUCACGAGAGUGACAUGGAUGAUGAUGAGUCGACCAGAGACCACUAUGAAACGGACCACCCAUCUAAAAUCGCAUCACCGAACCUUGAGCAGGAGGAAGAUAAAGAAAUGGAAAAUGCGGAACUCAUCGACGAAGAAAAUGACAACGACCAAUUUUAUGCUGCGGCCGAAUCUGGCGCACAGAUAGAAGUGGCAGUCGAUCGGGACUCUGAGGAGGAGCAAUCGGACAAUGUUGAUCCAGAUUUGCUUGAUAUGUCUGGACCUCGUCAUCAAGGCCCAUCCUCGGAAAUAGCAUUACCCAACCCUAAGCACGAUACGAAAAAAGAAACGGAAAACGCAGAGUUCAUCGAAGAAGCUGACAAGAAGUCGACCCGAGACCAGUCUGAAACGGAUCAUCUAUCUGAAGUACUACUAUCGAACCCUGAGCAGGACGAAGAUAAAGAAAUGGAAGAUGCGGAUCUCAUCGAAGAAGCUGACAACGACGAAUCUUAUACUGCGGCCGAAUCUGGCGCACAGAUAGAAGUGGUAGUCGAUCAGGACUUCGAUGAGCAGGAAUCGGGCAAUGCUGAUCCAAAUUUGCUUGAUAUGUCCGAGUCUCAUCUUCGAGGCCCAUCCUCGGAAAUAGAAGGUCAUUCUAAGCAGUAUCUCAGUGGGGACGGACACGCUAGUCUGCAUAUCCCUUCAUCUGCUAAAAAUGUUGUGGCCGAUUUCCCAAGGGAUGAACCAACUGUCGAAGGACCUGAGUCCCUCGGUGGUCGAGUCUCGCCGUCCAUUAGGUCUCCAUUUGAGCAACAACUCUUGACCCCAGAUCCCACCCAGGAAGAUGCGUCCACACGUGAACUAAUUUAUGAUAUUGAACCUGAAAUUCUAUUCACGAUCGGAGAAAAUGAAGCUCCUCCAGGUCUGGAUAGAACGUCGCAAUCUCCGGAGUCCGACCAAGGGGAUGGUAUCAGGGCAGAACUCAUUACCAAUACCCAACAAGGGAUCCACGUUGACGGACAUGAUGAUUCCAUGGCUCUUUCGGAAGUCACUCAGGCCGUGGAAACCCCAACAACGCCCGAACCUGACCGCUCUGUAGAAGUUGUGAUCAGCACUGAAUCACCAACAUUGCAGGCAGUUCCCGUUGCACAACCCCCAGCCCCUGACCGCAAUGCCUCUGGACUACGUAGCAAGCUUUCCUACUUCGCCCCGCUUGCUACACUCAUUGAUCAUUACAAUGCUUUAGUCGAUACCAUCUCAAUCGUGCACGAGGCAUCGCCGAUAACCCGAGCCAAAUCCGGUUCAAAGGACUGGUUCGUGACUAUUCAACUUACCGAUCCCUCCAUGGCUGGCACGACUCUGCGAGCUCAGAUUUUUCGGCGCUACAAGGCCUCGAUGCCAUCAUUGGCCGAUGGUACCGCCAUACUCUUACGCGAUUUCAAAGUCCAGAGCCUCGAUCACACCAUGAUGCUUGUCAGUGUUGAUUCCAGCGCAUGGGCCGUAUUCGACGGCUCGGGUCCCGAUGCCGAGAUGAACGGCCCCCCUGUCGAAUAUGACUCGCAGGAACGUGCCUACGCAUCUGGUUUACGUCGAUGGUACGAUGAAGUUGGUUCGGAUAGGGUCGCAGAUCAUAUGCUCCAGGCAGCUAUCGAGAGAGACAGCCAGGAGCGCGAUAUGACACCAAGCAGUCAAGUGGUAAGCGAGUCGGGGAGUCCAGAUUCCAAGCGAGGCUCCCACCGCAAGCGCAAAGCCAAUCGAAGGGUCACUAUCCAUGAGCUGCGGGAUGGCACCCGGUAUACUGAGAUCGGAUCCCCAAACAGUCGAAACAGCAGCGUUCAUGAGUUACGGGAUGGCACGUUGUACGCCAAUAUUUGA